GGGGGCUGGGACUCACAGGACCAACUCUCUUCCCCUCUCAGGACUGGUGUUGCUGGACUGGGUUCUGGGCCAGGGCCAGAUUGCAUCAGACAGAGCCUGAGGGGCUGGACCAGACUGUGGUCUGAGGAGGAGCCUUGUAAGCUGGGGCGAGUGGAGUGGGAGAGGAGAGCCACUUGGUCAGGAACCAGACACAAAGCUUUGGAAGACGACGAGAGACGAGAGCAAGCCAGACAUGAUGGCCACCUUCCCUCGAGCAGCCAACCCCUCCCAGCAGCCAACAGGCCCCGAGGACGAGGACCCCAGCCUGGAUGAGUACGACCUCUACAGCCUGGCCCACUCCUACGUGGGAGGUGGAGGCCGGAAAGGUCGCACCAAGAAAGAAGCUGCCACCAACACCAACCGCCCCAGCCCUGGUGGGCACGAGAGGAAGCUGGUGACCAAGCUCCAGAGUUCGGAGAGGAAAAAGCGAGGGGCUCGGCGCUGAGGUGGAGCUGGAGAUGAGGCCAGACCACGGACACCACACCCAGCAACGCACACAGGACUAUGGAGGAAUGAGGCCCUGGGGACAGGAUCCAGGCCUGCUUGCCCCAUCCCCCACCCCCAGGACUUACCCCACCUGACUGAGUCACUGAGGGGCUGCCAACCGAGCCCUGCUAACCCCAGCAAAAAGGCAAGAUGGAGAGCAAGAGGCAGGGAACAGAGAGGUGGGGGCAGGAAGGCACCAAGGAAAAGAAAGCCACUGAGGAAACCGGAACUCUCUGACAGUGGCUGCCACAAUAAACAAAGUACAGCAGCUGCA